AUGACCACCGUCACCGUCGCCCGACCCGUCCAGCCAGACAUUCAAUAUGCACCAGACUACCAAAAGUUUCAGGCUCGGGUGGCACGCCGAGCCCAGGAACCCGGUCUCUUGAAGACCCUGCCCGGUGGCCUUCCAGCGCGAAUUCAAAGCGACUUGGUUUGGGACGGUGCGACGCUGGCCAGUGAAUAUGAUUGGACAUACGUUUUAAAGCCGGAACAGCUGGACGAGCUUGACACAGCACUAGCUCAUUUCAAGUCGCUAGGUUUGUCGCUUGGUCACAUCAGCCAAGAGACCUUUCCGCUGCCAAACCUUCAUGCUGAACUUCGCAAGCUGUCCUAUGAGCUGCACAACGGUCACGGUUUCUUUGUUAUCCGCGGGCUUCGGGUUGAACAACACACCAGAGAAGAAAACAUUAUUAUUUAUGCAGGGCUGUCGUCGCACAUCGCGCCCCAGCGCGGUCGACAAGACAGGCAAUACGACGGCAAACCGGCCGACGUUGUACUUACGCAUAUCAAGGAUCUAACGCUCACGAAAGAGAAGGGUCAGAUUGGUAGUCCUGCUUACACUGCAGACAAGCAGGUGUUUCAUACUGAUGCUGGGGACAUCGUCUCACUAUUUGCAUUGUCAACGGCCGCUGAGGGUGGCAAGAGUAAACUGGCGAGCAUCGGGCGGGUUUACAACGAGAUUGCUAGCACGCGCCCAGAUCUUAUUCACACUCUCACCCAAGACUGGCAUUUUGAAGUCUUCGGGACUCCUCAGAAGUCAUUCACGUCGCGCCCUCUUGUACACUACCAACCUGCCACUGCCGAAACUCCAGAGCGCUUGGCCGUCCAGUAUGCUCGUCGAUACUUCGUAGGCUACGGUGCGCUUCCUCGAAGUGAGGAGAUCCCUCCCAUUUCUGAGGCGCAGGCUGAAGCCCUCGACACACUUCACUUCCUUGGCGAAAAGUUUGCAGUGAACUUGGACUUCCAGAAGGGCGACAUCCAAUAUGCCAACAACAUGGGCAUUUUCCACGCCAGAGACGGUUUCACCGAUACCCAGGAACAGCAACGCCACCUAUUGAGACAAUGGCUGCGCGAUCCAGAGUACGCGUGGGAGACGCCCGAGCCUUUAAGAGAGAGAUGGGCUCAGCUGUACGAAGGCAUCACACCUGAGGCUCAAGUAUUUCCGCUCGAGCCAUUCAUCCGCAGCGAAGGCAACAAGAACAAGGGUCGGCCAUAA